CUUUAAAGUGCCGUCUGAAUAUAUACAUCAGCAUGCGGUGAUUGUUUUCAUCCAAAAUACCACAUAUCUUUCGGGCGUUUCUAGCCAUAUUUUAAAGCAUGACUGUUGAAGGGCAGCAUCUUCGAUUUUCGGUAGAUUUGCCGUUCAAAGCUGGCCAUGAAGCCAUUGUGUCUCACAUGGAAAGCGAACUAAAACAUCUUGAGCAUGUCAAAGAAUACCUAAAUAAGAGAGCUAAAGUGGAACUAGAGUACGCGUUAGCCUUGACCAGAAUCAACACCACUGCUUCGAAAGUAAUCACCGACAGUGAUAAAGAGAGCCCGGUCCGAAAGGCGUGGUCAACAUAUAUCACAGAAAGUGAAAAAAAGGCAAAAUUGAUAACAGAAUUUAACAACAUCUUGAAUUCUACGACUUUGAAAAGAUUGGAACAACUCAUUGAGGACAAGAAAAACUUGCUGAAAAAGUACAGAAAUGAAAGAUUUAGAAUUGAGAGUGGCUUCAAACAAGAAUCCGAUGAAAUUGAUAGACUGAGGAAAACAUACCAAGAAAAUGCGAAAGAGGCUGAAUCAAGCAAAAGAAAAUAUGAGGAAGUUCUUGGAAAAGAUAAGUUCAGCAGCAAGGAUUGGGAAAGAUCCAAAGAUAGAUAUGUAAAAACAACUCUUAAACUUCAUCAGAACCAUAAUGACUAUGUUUUGGCUUUGAAAUCUGGAAACUGUCACCAAGGGUUCUUCAAUGACAUUCUUAUACCAACAAUGUUGAAUUCCCUUCAAUAUUUGCAAGAGGAAUACAUUGCUGAAUGGAAGGAUCUUCUCCAAGAUGUGAUUAAUCUCACAAACUGCUGCCGUGAAGAGUUUUUGUCAUCAAGCAGAGUUGUACAAACAAGUGUUAAUGAAGUGAAGAAGCAGCAGGAAUACUCUUCUUUUAUAAGCAAGUUCAGACAAGACCCUUCACCAGUGGUGCCGUUCAUAUUUGAUCCAAAUGUUUUAGAAUUAACGUCAACAGGAGUUACUGCUGAUGAACUGGUUGUCAAUGAUUUGACUUUAGAGAAGCUACAACACAAGAGAGCAUUGCUUUGCAAGGAUCUUGAAAAUGUGGAUAAGCAACUGGAAUCUAAGAAAUCAGAAGUGGAACAGGAAUCUGUUGAUCUCCAGACUGUUAAGAGUGAGGGAGCUGAGAAUCUGAGCAUCAUGCAGAAAGAACAGACAGUAUCUGUGUUAAACUGGUCUGUGGAAGACAUCAAGUGCAGUCAGACUAAACUGCAGAAAAUAUGUUCCCAGAUUGCAACAGCACUUGAUAAACUUGGUAAUUCACAGCCUCCAAAGUUUGCAGAUCUAUCUCCCCCUGGGUCAACGCCAACUGGGGAGUUUGGUCAGUCAACGCCUGAGAUUAGAAAAAGUGGCAGGAAAAUACCGACUCUGUUCAAGAAAAGGAAACUGGAAAGAGAAACAUCAGCUGGCAAAACUAGUAACAAGCCGGCACGAUACGGAGCUCCUCAGGCACAAGGGGUCAAUGGUGGGUCAUAUGAGGAAGAUUCGGAUAACAGUGCUCAAGGAGAAUACAUCGAGCCAGAUGAUGAUCUUGCUCUGGAAGAAGAAAUGUGGUUUCAUGGCACGAUUGACCGCAAAGAUGUCCCCAACCUGCUAAAAAAUGAGGGAGAUUACCUCGUCAGAGAGAGUUCCACAAAGCCCGGUCAGUUUGUUCUGUCCACACGGAGUGAUGAUCAAAUCAGACAUUUUAUUAUUCAAUCAUCAGACGAUAAUUUUGUGCGAUUUGAAGAUCAAGGCUUUCCUAGUAUAAGAGAACUACUAGAUUACCAUGUGAAAAACAGAGUCCAUGUCACGAAGAAAUCCAGGGCAGUAUUAGUAACCGCUGUGGGCAAACCCGCUAAAGACAAAUGGGAAAUGAAUCGGGAUGACAUAGUUCUUCAGGGCAAGAAACUCGGCUCGGGUCACUUUGGUGAUGUGACGAAGGGUUUUUAUAAGCCAGCAAGCGUACCCGUGGCCGUCAAAUCGUGUAGAGAAAGUGUCUCGGCGAUAGUGAAGCAGAAGUUUCUGGCAGAAGCAGAUAUUUUGAAACAGUACGAUCAUCCAAACAUUGUGAGGUUGAUCGGAGUGUGUGCUGACAGAGAGCCAGUCUUAAUCGUUAUGGAGUUCAUGGCCGGCGGUGACUUCCUUUCUUAUUUGCGCAAAAAUGGCUCAAAGCUGGACACAAAGAAGCUGCUAAAGUUCAGUGUUGAUGCUGCAGCUGGGAUGGAAUACUUGGAGAGCAAAAAUUGUAUUCACAGAGAUUUGGCGGCGAGAAACUGCUUGAUCGGCACAAAAGAUUUACUCAAAAUAUCCGAUUUUGGAAUGUCACGUGAAGUUGAAGAAGUGUAUGAAGCCUCGAAUAUGAAAGAGAUCCCCGUGAAGUGGACAGCUCCGGAGGCUCUGAAUUACUUCCAGUACACAACAUUAAGUGAUAUAUGGAGCUUUGGUAUUUUUCUUUGGGAGACGUUCUCAUAUGGAAAUGUGCCUUACCCCGGAAUGAAUAACAGGGAAGCCCGCGACAAGAUAGAAAAUGGUUAUCGAAUGCCUGCCCCACAAGACACGCCAUCGGCAGUUUAUCAAAUUAUGAAGGAUUGUUGGAAUUUUGACCCUGACGGUAGGCCACGUUUUACGGAAAUUCUAAGAAGGCUGAAGCAAAUUCAAGAAUACAUCUGAUUUAAUUGGAACUUUUUUUAUCCCUAACGUUGUGUUACAUUUUUAUAGUCUUUUAAGCUGAUGUACUUUUAAGUUUAUAGCCACUGUAAUGUAAAUGAAAGGUUUCCUUAAUUUUUAUCAUCAUUAAUUGUUAUGAAAACACAUUUUUCUUACAUUUUAGAGCGAAAGCGAGAAGCGUUACUUUCGGUGCGAAAUUUUGGGGGCCAGAAUCUGCCUCAUUUUUUACAAUAUUUUCUUUAGUAAAAUUUCAUCGAAAGUAAUUGAUUCUAAGUGUUUGACAGAAAAGAGACGUCGUCUUUAUUGGAAUUGCCUUGUUGCCAAAUUCAGUUUACAGUUAAGAGUUUUAAUUCUAUAAAGAUGUUGAAAACGAAAAUUAUCUUAAAAUGAACUAACCGAUUUAUUCCAAAGAAACCCAGGUUUAUGAUAAAGUUGGAGAAGAUAGAAACAGGCAAACUAACCUUUAAUCAAACAACAAACAACCACUUAAGAUUUUAACAGAUUUGUCACGAAUGGGAUUUGAUCCGUACACUUUAAGAUCAGAACCACUUUGGAAAUCGAUUUGAUCCGUACAUUUAUCAGAACCACUUUAAAAAUCGGAAAGGGGUUUUCAUCCGAGUGCCGAGAGAAAUUAGGAAUUGCUUUGGAUUUGCAUCAAUACGCUCUGUGAUUGUUUUGGAAGACCAUAGGCCGUUCUUAACCCUUUGACACACAGAGUGACAAGCCUCUAAUUUUUCCAUACAAUAUCUCUCCCGAAUCACAAAUUUAGGCCACUAGAGAAGAACUGACCACAAACUUGAGCUCUUGAUUGUUAAACAAAUUCUCCUUUUCAGCGCCAUAGGAAAUGUCCAGGUAGGUACUUGGUGAAAUCCUUCAUACAUGCUUCAAUACAGAAGAACAUAUGGGAAUACGUGAUCAUUUACAUUCAUUAACAUACAUUAAGGAUUACACCAAGUACUUAACAAUGUCCAAAGAACAGUUUUGGUGUAAAGCGUUGACUCAAUCACAUGCAAAACUUGAGGAAGUUUACUUGUUUCUACUGUAAGUUAUUCCUGCCUCUUUGUGAUUUUACUCUUUCUUCUGAUCGGUUUGUUAUUUGUUCGGUUUUGCUGUGGUGGCAAAAGUCGAAAUUUUAAGGUGGAGGUACAUCUCAGCAAGCUUUGCUUUUUUAAUUCAAAGAGUAAACGCGUUCGAAUUACA